ACGGCUGGUGCUGGGGCUGUCAGUGAGUGGACAGGGUGAGCAGGGAGAGGGGAGUGGAAACAGCACGGGGAUCAAGGAAAACCAGAGGUGAAUGGGGAUGGGGCAGCAGCUGAGGCUUCACUGCCCAGGAUUCCCCAUGAGUUUUAUCAGCAAAAACAUGCUAGCAGUCAUCGGCCAUGUCUUGAACUUAGAACAUGCUGCUGUGUGCACUGACCUGCGGCCAGAAGGGUGGAAGCUGCUCACAGCCAAACUGCCCCAGGUCCCUGGGAACGGGGCUACGAGGAACAAAAUGCAGAGCUUCCUCUUUCUGUGCCAGGGAAGGGCAUGGGAGAGCGUGGGGCAAACGGGCAGGGUGGGAAGGAGCUGCCCUGAGGUCUUUUCAAGGGGCACUGAGGAAGAAAGGCACUGGAAGGACACAGCCGUGCUUUGUGCAGACUGUUUGGGUUCUGAAAUUUUGCUGGAAACAUUUAGAGAGAAAAACAAUGUCACCCAGAAAACACAUUUGUGCCAAAAAAGGCACCUUUCUGGGGAAGCAAGGCACUUCUGCUUGAUGCACCAAACAAAGGCAGCCGCCCUCGCUGUGCCAGCAGUGGGGAUCUGCGCUGGGGGUUUGCACUGAGUUGGGGCUGGGGGUGGCAAAAGCCCCUCUGCUGGGCCCCCGAAUCCCUCUGGGCUGCUGGGAUGGGCGCCACGGCUGGGAAAGCUCUCUGCAUUAUGGUGCUUUGCUGGAAACUGGUGGUGGUUCCAGAGAAGGGUCAUGAGAUCAGAGUGACUCACGGAUAGGAGGAAGGAAGCAAAUGCCUUUAAAAAAGACAUACGGGGUCUCAAGCAAACAUUGCCCAGGGAAACAGGCUUGGGAACCUCCUGGGCACACAGCAGCCUGCUCCGUCCGCCAGGAGCUCUGUGAAUCACCUUGGGGAAAGGUCCAUGUCAGGAGGGAGAAGCUGAAAAAUGAGGAUUAUUCUGGUUUGGAUGAUUUUCCCAGGUGUCUGGGCGGUCUCAGGUCCCUCGCAGGUGACGGCCAGCCAGGGCAGCUCGCUGUCGGUGUCCUGCAGCUAUCGGCUGGGCAGCAAGCUCCACUCCAAGGUCUGGUGCAAACCAUACUUUUUCAAGAUCUUCUGCUCCUACAUGGCCCAAACCAAUGGCUCAGAGGCGGCGAUGACACAGGGCAGGGUGUCCAUCAGGGACAACCACACGGCUCUUGUAUUCACGGUGACGAUGAGAGAUGUGAUGCCGGAGGAUGCAGGCUGGUACUACUGCGGGGCGGUGAAGUCCCUGUGGCACAUCACAGGCAAUCGGUGGCACAAAACCGAGGUGCUCGUGUCUGAGGCUCUCAGCACUUUCCUUACGCCCACAGGGAUGGAGCUGACCCCGAGCAGCAGUGCUGUGCUGGGUGCUGGGCCGGCACAGGCCACAGCCGAGGCCGGCGAUGUGCACCCGCUGCCAAAGGCAGAGCCAUCCCCCACUGGCUGCGAGGAGCCUCCAGCACUGUCCCAGCUCGACAUCACCCUCCUGCUGCUCGUCCUCGGUGUGAAGGUGCCUGCGAUCCUGGCCCUGCUGUGCGGGGCCGUGUGGCUGAGGAGGUGGCACAGGAGCUGCAGCCCGUGGGAAAACCUGCAGCAAUCUGAGAAGUCCAGCAGCACUGCGGCACCGGGCAGCUCGGCCCCCCAGCAGCCUGACCCCCCGGCAGCACCACAGCGUCCUUCUGGUCCCCUUCCCCACACCCUGCCAGGGCUGAGCCACUGCAGCUGCUCAGCAUCAGGAAGCUCUCCCCAUGCAAAGCCUCAGCCCCUCCUGAUGCCCCCCAAGUUGCACGAGGGAAGGAUUUCUGUGCAGAGAUCUCGUGUCUGCUGAGCUUGAGGUGCCACCAAAAACCAAUUUUGAAACAAAGCCUG